AGCGUUAACAAGUUCCCAACGGAUCGAGCGCGCAACAACCACCACCAACCACUCCACUCCACUCACUCUCCCUCUCUCUGUCUCUCGCGUGCGGAGCUCUCUCGGGUCGUGGAACAUCAACAGUUAUUUUUACUACACCGCCGAGAGUGUGUGUUUCGUGUGCUUCGCUUCUCUCGGUCGCGUCGCUGCCAGCAGCUCCUUCAUUAAAAGAUAAGCAAGGCUUAAAAAGCAACAACAACGCGUGUGUGUCGUGGCUGUGUGACAGCGUUUGCAUACAAAAAGCAACAGCAACAGCAGCUUCAAGCAGAGCAGCAGCCAGCAGUAGCAGCAGCAGCAGAAGAAGAGGAGGCGAAAGAAGAGCAGCAAAAACAAGCGUACACUGAAAGGGAAUCUAUUUGCCUGAACAAACGCCAUAAUGUCGACACCAACAUCACCGAAGACACCCACGCCACCCACAUUGCCGCCGGGUGUGACCAAGACCUGUCACAUAGUGAAGCGACCCGAUUUCGAUGGCUAUGGCUUCAACCUGCACUCGGAGAAGGUGAAGCCGGGACAGUUUAUCGGAAAGGUGGACGCCAAGUCGCCGGCAGAGUCUGCUGGCCUCAAGGAGGGCGAUCGCAUCCUGGAGGUGAACGGUGUCUCCAUUGGCAGCGAGACACACAAGCAGGUGGUGGCCCGGAUCAAGGCGAUUGCCAACGAGGUGCGCCUCCUGCUGAUCGAUGUGGAUGGCAAGCCCAUAGAUGUGUCGCCGCCCUCGCCAUCGGCCCUUUCCAAUUGCAGCGAACCAACGAAUGGCAAUGGCAAUGGCAAUCCGAAUGUGAACGGUAAUGGCUAUGAGGGAACCAAGCAGGAGAUGCCCGGUGCCAGCGCCAACAUCAGCAGCAUCAGCAUGGUGAGCAUGAAGCGAUCCUCAAAUGCCAGCAGCAUCCAGAGCGGCAGCACCAUGAAUGCCAGCGACCUGGAUGUGGUGGACAGGGGCAUUCCUCCGCCGGUGGCUGCCGUCGUCGCUUCUCCCCAGCAGAAUGGUAGCAAACCGUCAUCGCCGUCGCCGAUCAACAACAACACCCUGAUGAGCACGCCGCCGCCACCAUCGGCCGCGGUGGCCUCCAUGAACAGCAACGGCAAUGUGUACAGCAGUUCCAAUGGCAACACAAAUGGCACGGCCUCGCCCACAGCCUCGCCCACUCCCACAGCCAUGACAGCGCCCCAGACAACAGCUCCUAUGACGGCGGCUGCGGGAGCGGCAGGAAACCGGGCGGGCAGCCUGAACCUCCCACUGACGGUGGCCGAGAUGCGGGCCAAGCUUGCCUCCAAGAAGAAGUACGAUCCGAAGAACGAGAGCGUCGACCUCAAGAAGAAGUUCGAGAUCAUCCAGAAGCUCUGAGCGGAGUCCACGAAAGCCACCCGUACUUGUUAUAAAUUUACACGAAGCAAACAACCGAAAACGGUUCGUCACAAGGAGCAGCUGCAGGAGGAACAUAUAUAAUGUUUAACUAUUUAGUACGAGUCACUUAUUAACUAAGCAAGUUUUUAAUUAUUAUCCAUUAAGCAGGCGCGAUAAAGGACAGCGCUAGAGAGAAGCCACUUUUGACGUAGAAAAGCCAAGAGAAUAUGUACCAUAUACACAUAUAUCCACGAUAUACGAUAUAGACAUCUUUUCAAGCUAUAAUAUUUUGCAUUGUAGUUCAUUGAACAACUUUCCGUUGAGUAUGUAUUUAGUUUUGCGUAUUUUUUCCACAGUAAAUAAAGCAAAAUUAAAAAAAAGAAUUAUGUACAAGCGA